AUGUGGGCUGGGGCCCAUGUCCGGCCCAUCCCUGCCAUCACCGCGCAAUUACGGCAAGAGGGUCUUUGGCUAAAACAGACGGUCUCGAAGUUCAACAGCCUUCUCAAAACUGGAAACCAAAUUGGACUGACUUUGACUCCGGCUAUUGAAGUGUUCGAGGCACCUGGGAACGAAUUCGAAGCUCAAACGGCAGAGAGCUUCGAGGCUGAUUCCGGACCAAAAGGGUACUCCCGAAUUGACAGCGGAAGAGCUGCCGAACGGAACUACGUUUGGGUUUGA